UGGCUAAUAUUACCGACCGUACCCGAACUGUAAUAUUUGAAGAUGGCGAGAAAACCACGUUAUAUUCUGACACAUUCAACAUGGUUGAAGAAAAAAAUAACAGUGGAAAUACAACAGAACUUGUAUUGGGAAUACCGUUAGAACGAAAAAUAUUAUACCAGUCAGUAGCAAUAACAUUAUCAGUUAUGGUUGUUUAUGUGACUUUUGCAUUGCUCCAAUACAACUGGGUAAAAUCAGGGUGUCGACAAGAACAGGAGCGACGGUCAUCGUCUAUGAAGCAAAAGGGCCCAAAGGAAUCUGGUGGGACUUCAGACUCGUCGAAUUCAAAUUCUCAAAACUCGUGUCGUUCAAAAACAUCAUCAGCCAGAAAUUCAAGAAUUUUACGAAACAUGUGCGUUACAGGCUCUGUUCUUGUUCUAAUCCGUCUCCUUGCAGAACAGAUCGAGAUCUUGCCCAGCAGCGAAUCAAGACUGGACUGCAGAGAUUACCAGAUUGCGAUGGUGGUAACCUACGCAUUGGCAGUUACCGUAUUGUAUGGGAUCUUAUGGUACAGAGUCAGAGUUUUUCUCUCACAUCCCGCCAUGCGCCAUCUUGGAUCCAGAGUUUUGACUGUUAUUUUGUUCAUCGUAUUGAUCGUCAUCAUACUCGCAUCGGGAGUGAACAUGGCGAUGUUUUUGGUAACUACAAUUUCAGUCGAUCAGGAAGGUGGUUGUCAAACUGUUUCACCGGGUGAUGUUUUAUCCAACAGCGCACGAUUUGGAAUUCUGACUGUGUGCACCGUCGUUUCUCAGGCGUCUCUGUUGGGCCUGUUUCUUUAUCCUCUGGUGAGACACAGUGCUACAAUGCAGGCAGCUAAAAUAAACACUCCACAAGUACAACGUAAGGAAAAUGAAAGUGUUAGAGCAAACCGUACAAUGUCAUUCAAGUCAACAUUGAGUCCCGGUACGUUAACAAGAAAAUGGAGAAGUAGAAACAGCAGCAAAAGAAAGAAGCGUGAACAAGCACUUCUAAAAAUUAUCCGGCGUGUCAUGAUUACGGCUAUUGUUUGCGCUCUUUCAGACAUUUUCUGUGGUCUUAUUGUGAGACUCGUUGUCGAAGAACCUCGUGUUGUAACCAAUCUCAUAUUUGAUGUAAAUAUUGUGAUCAAUCUAGCCUGUGUUCUUAUGUCAUUCAAAGAUUGGAGAGUUAGACUCUUCCCUUGCUGUGUUCAAUCACAGAAAUCGAAGAAGGGCGACAAGUCUGACAAACGCCCUGCUUCCGACAAAGAACCUUACAUCCCACAACAUCCUACAUCUUCUCCGCCAAUCUUUUCAUCAAGAGAUUCAACAGGUUCAGGUGUUUGUCGAACUUCCGAAUCUGGCAUCAAUUCUGUAUCUCCACGAGCUGUCAGUCAAGAUGGCAGAUGCUACCGGUACUCUAAUGACGUGAGCUUGAGCGAGGAUUAUAUAAGACCUGUUUGAAACAUGCUUCGUGUAGAGAGUAAUAUUACAAAAUAAGUUGAAGCAAAGAGUUGGUAGUUGCUGCAAUAUCAAAACCGCGUAAUCAUUACAAAAUGUUUGAUAGUGUUUCCGCUAGUGGGCGCUCAAAAACUGGUUUACUCCUUCUAUAAUAGUCAAUUUAUUUAAAAUAGCACAUAGAAUUUAAAAUUAUUCAAAACUAUUUUUACUCUAUAUCGCAGCUUUUUAUGACCAAUAUUAAAUUACUGCAGCAAAACUACUCUGAAUGCAGAAUGACCAUGAUCAAUGAGGUAUUUGAUCUAUACCUAGAUAUUGGUGGAACAACUCAAACAUAAAUAUCUAGCAAAGUCCCCAAAAGUGCUGGGUGAAAUAUCCGUUAUUCUUUAUAAGACUGCAUAUCACUAUUUACCCCUGUAUUACGAUUUCGAUAAGAUUUUGGCAGAUGAAUAUUAUCGUAAAUAAUACGUUCUUGUUUUCAACAUAUAUUUAUGUGAUAAGCUAAUCAGCAUAGUUGAACCGUG